AUGGCGGGCACGCCGUCGCCGCUGCCGCGGUGGGCGCCGACGCCGAGCCCGUCGCGGCCGCUCUGGCGGCCCUGGGGCGGCGGCACGCCUGACGCUAACAACCAUCAUCAGCCCGGCGGCCGAGGCGGCGGCACGGGUAGCACCAGCUGGUGGUCGCUCGCGAGCGGCGUCUUCGCGUGGGGCGGCCGCGGGCGACACCGAGGCACGGCGUCGUCGAACGAAGCAGCAGCGGCCGGCGACGACAGAGCCUGCGGCGUCGUCCCCGGACGGUCGGGGUGCGAGCUGCAGGCGGUGGUGGUGCCAUCGUCGGCGGCGGACGCCGACGACCCCAGGGCGUUCCUGACGUGGGAGGACGUGGGCGUGACGGUGGCCGGCGGCGGCCCGCGCGGGGCGCCCGACGUGAGGAUCCUGGAUGGGAUCAGCGGGCACGCGCGCCCCGGGGAGGUGCUGGCCAUCAUGGGCCCCUCCGGCGGCGGCAAGACCACGCUGCUCGACACCCUCGCAGGAAGGUUAGGACCAGGCAUGAAUAAAACAGGGCUGAUUUUAAUCAAUGGCCGCCUUGAGAAGCUUGCCUAUGGAACCUCGGCAUACGUGACCCAAGACAACAUGCUGAUGUCGACGCUGUCCGUGCGGGAGGCCGUGUACUACUCGGCGCAGCUGCAGCUGCCGGACACGAUGCCGUUGCCGGAGAAGCGGGCGCACGCAGAGCGGGUGAUCCGGGAGAUGGGGCUCGCCGACGCCAUGGACACGCGCAUCGGCGGCCGGAUCACCAAGGGCAUCAGCGGCGGGCAGCGGAAGCGGGUCAGCAUCUGCAUCGAGAUGCUCACGCGGCCGCGGCUGCUCUUCCUCGACGAGCCCACCAGCGGCCUCGACAGCGCCGCUUCCUACCACGUCAUGAGCCAUAUCGCUCGUGUAGCCGCCCGCGACGGCAUGACGGUCGUCGCCGCCGUGCACCAGCCCAGCGGCGACGUCUUCGAGCUCUUCCAUGGCCUCUGCUUGCUCGCCGCCGGAAGGACGGUCUUCUUUGGGACCAUCUCUGAUGCCACCGAGUUCUUCACUCUGAACGGCUUUCCAUGUCGACACCUGAGAAGCCCGUCAGAUCACUUCCUGAGAACAAUCAACAAAGACUUUGAUGAGGAAACCGUGGAGAGCUCUAAAACUAAAAGAAAAACAGCAGCUGAAGCAAUAGACAUUCUGGCGACUGCAUACAGAUCCUCCGAUUAUUUCGAAAAAACGACAGACCAAAUUAUUGAAAUGAAAAACAUGGAUGGAGCUUCAUUUAGGAGGAGAGAACAAGCAAGCUUCGCCACCAAGCUCCUUGUGCUCACAAGGAGAUCAUUCCUGAAUAUGCACAGGGACAUAGGAUAUUACUGGAUGCGUUUGGCCAUCUAUAUGGGCAUCGGCAUAUGUCUAGGCACUAUCUUCUACCAAGUUGGCUAUAGCUACAGUUCUAUCCAGAGCCGAUGUUCAAUAAUAAUGUAUACAGUUGCACUUUUAACAUUCAUGGCUAUUGGAGGAUUUCCAUCUUUUGUAGAAGACGUAAAGGUCUUGAUCAGAAAGGAGAGGCUUAGUGGCCACUACGGCGUGUCAGAAUUUGUGAUCUCAAACACCCUCUCAGCUACUCCAUACCUGUCUGUCAUUGCUGUAUUACCCGGAGCAAUGCUAUACUAUCUCUCCGGACUAACAAAAGGCGUGGAUCACUUUAUCUAUUUCGUCAUGGUCGUUUGCAUAUGUUGCCUUCUAGUUGAGAGCAUGAUGAUGGUUAUCGCCGCGAUUGUUCCGGACUUCCUUAUGGGAAUCAUCGUUGGAGCUGGAGUGCAGGGGGUGAUGAUGCUCAAUGGGGGCUUCUUCCGCCUUCCUAAUGAGCUCCCAAAGCCUGUAUGGAAGUACCCUUCCUACUACAUCUCCUUCCACAAGUAUGCAGUGCAAGGACUCUACAAGAACGAGUUCAUGGGACUGUCAUUCCCAAGUGAUCAGCUGGUUGAGUCUAAUGUCACCAUCAGUGGCAUUCAGGUCCUCAAGGAUAAAUUGCAGGUGGAAAUGGGUUACUCGAAAUGGGUAAACCUUGCCAUCCUUUGUGGAAUGAUGGUGAUCUAUAGGAUGAUGUUCUUUGCUAUCGUCAAGAUUACCGAGGAAAUUCGACAAAAAAUGGGAGGCAAACGAGGAUGUGUUAGAUAG